AUGGCUUCUCCCGACCUCUGCCCUUCCGCUGUACAGAAACACGGGUGUGGCAAAACUCUGCAGCUCCCCGUCGAAUUGCUCACUGAGGUAUUCCGGUACUGCAUCGAAAGCGCACGCCCUGGACCAAACAUGGUCCCCGGAUGCGCUGCGCUACAUCUGGCGCACGUUUGCCACUUAUGGCGUGGCGUCGCGAUGGACUCACCUCGCCUCUGGACGCACCUUCGCAUCCCCUGCCCCCAUCGAGGGCAAGGACCACAUUCGGACUGCAUUCAACUCUGCGAUGACUGGAUCCAGCGCAGCUCUCCGCAUACCAUUACCAUUGAACUUCCUUCCGGCACCGAGUCAUGCAUGACCGGAAGGCUGGCUCAGGACGUCCUCGCGAAGCACGGCUCACGCAUCGUCGGACUGAGCCUAUACCUGGCAGAGCUUCAGGCGGAGGCACAGACUCGCGAACAGGCGAUACACUGUGCUUCAGGAAGCAGUAUCCCGGUGAUGAAUGCAGCAAAGCAAGACAACUCGGAGACGAUGCGCAGCUUUCUGACACUUCCGUCCGGCACGUUCCCCACCCUCACCAGCCUCCAACUCCGCACCAAACUCCCAUUCAGCAAGUUGAGCCAGCAAGUCACGUCCUUCGAUGGCUCGCCCCAUCUGCGCCAUCUCGCGCUCAAGAUUCAGGACGGGCUAAGCAACCUUACCCAGACGACUCUGCCAAAUCUUCCAUGGACCGAGCUGGAGUCGCUGACAUUGUCGCUGAAAGUUUUCAACAACGACACAGGCUCCUUUUUGGAACAGCUCACUAGCCUUCGAUCUCUCUCCCUCGAUGUCUGGUUUCUGACCGUUUCGCAGCCCUCGAACGAGCUGAGCACGUACUCCCGCGAUCGCAGGCGGCACGAAUACAACGACUGUAGGCUCUACGACGCGCUGGCCUGCCCCGCACUCGAGACCCUCCGCAUAACCCUGAACGACCACCGGUCGACCCGCCCAGAUGAUAGCCCUCCCCUUGCACUCCGCUUCUUCGACAGCGUCAACUUCCACUGCAGAUCCCUCUGCAGUCUCCGCGAGCUUCAUAUCCGCAACCACUGGAAGAUCCCCGCGCUCAAGAUGCUCGAGAUCCUGGACUACACCGCCCAGCUCGAAGUCCUCGCGCUCUGCAGCUCCGUCGAGCUCCGGCCGCUCCUAUUUGAGUGGAUAUGGUCGCCCAAGGGCAUGAUCCGCAACCUGCGCUCGCUCUCCAUCUGCUACCGCCUGAAGGGUGAGCCGGACGAGGACUUUGCUGCGCUGAAGCUGGGCGUCAAGGCCAUGAUUAUCGGGCGGUGGGGGCUGCUGGAGCCAGACGAGGAAUCACCGCUCCGGGAGGUGGACAUCAUGCCUACGAAGCACGAGUUCGACAAGGAGUGGGUCGAUAACAUGGAGUCGCUGCGACCGGCUGGCGCGAAACUCAGGCUGGGGCCUACGUUGACGGGUCUGCGAGCGGAAAACACAGCAAGGAUUGGCGAUGGGUGGGCGAUAUUGUUUCCACUGCGCGACGGCGCGCCGCCCGCCGCCCGCCGCACCACCGGGGAGGUCUACGGUAUAGUAGCAUGGCGUAACGCGCAAGGCGCUACACCGCAGCGCGCGAGGUGA